AAUUGGCGCCCUGACUCGUACAAGGCUCUUUAAAACGGCAGGCCUCUCUUUGAUUCAUCCUCCCAUCAUCCAACAGUUUUUCUCUUGAGCUCGUCGGUGUAAACGACGUCCACGUAUCCUGAUCAUGUUUGAGGAAAUCUGCUUAACUUGCGGUAAACAUCUUUCGGACGAUGGGCGUGUAUAUUGCAGCGACGAGUGCCAAAACAUCGAUACUGCUUCGCCGUCUAUUUCUUCUGCGAGCAGUGCUCUUUCCUCGCCACGUUUUGGCUAUGCCAUAGGCGGUGAAGUUCCAGCACUGGUAUCAUUGGCGUUAGGCAAAGCAUUGAGAGGUUAUCACACCAGAGACCAUCACUCUAUCUCUUCAUCUGCUUCUUCCACCUCAUGCUCCGUUCUUACCGACGAAGAAGAUGAGGAUUCACACUUCGUCUCCGGUAGCGAAGGAGCUUAUCAGGAUGAAUAUGCGGAAGGAAAGUCAAAAUCCUCAGGCCUUUACCCGGUAUUACGAGCACCUCUUUCCUAUGCUCGACGACCUUCUGGUACAAACAACGUACACGCUGCACCCCAUGUCCUUGGUCGUGUACCUACUUCUGCUUCUACUUCCGGGCACGUGUAUAGUGCACCUCGGAGCGCACCUAUCCAUUCCCAUUCCCAGUUAUCUACGGAUGAUGAGACCUACUCUGAUUUCGGAAGCCCAAGCCGAGAUGAAUUGGAUUCUUUUACCUCUCUCACAACCCCCGACGAGGAUCAAAACAGGUCUACAAUAACAAAAGCGAAACGUACUCGCAACCGUGCCAGUUUACCCGCCUAUUUUUCUUUGUUACAAGUAUCCAGCGACGCCCAACCGCGUGUAUCCCUUUCUGUCUCUAACUCUUCGGGUCAUUCGGUAACGCGUCCAUCUCCUCCUACCCCAAAAUUGACGAUCGCCGGUAUGCCUAUUCAUCCGUCCACGGCUCCACCCGCUGCCGUCAUGCAAGCGACACCUCGUGGACGUCGAAGGGACUUGGAAGCCUCCCGAAGUACUCGUGUGUCUAGUAACGACAGCUCAUCCUCUAGGUCUCGUGCCGAAAAUCCUUUUGCGCCACCUGCUACCGCUUCCGAAGCAUUUCGCUCCCAGCUGAGCAGCAAAGGGAGCAAGAGUAGCAUGGAAAAGAUUCUUGACUGGACUGCUGUAUCCGGUCUAUCUCGUGGUCGGGCAACCAUUAGACGAAACAGUUCUCCACCACCAAAGAUGGUUUUGACUGCAGAUACGGAGCAGUUCAACAUUGUUUCAAGGGGACGAAAGGCAGAUUCAACUAGUCGUCUAAGGAGUAGAGGGCGUGUCAUGGUAUCUGAACUCGAUGGUGUGAUUGUCAACAAAGAAGCUCCUGGGUUUGGCCAUGGACGUAGUGGGUUGCUUCAUAGAGAGCAGGCAAUAUCUCAACGUUUUAUGAGUGGCAAGCCGUCUUUUUGAUUGUGCCCCGUUCGCCAAAAUCUGCCUUGUUUCUGUCAACGCCUUCUCCGAAAAUUCAUCGCACUUUUUCCCUGUCUAAUCAAUCAACAAAUUGCACAAUUUCGCAUGCUCUCAAACUCCGGACCUUUUCUCUUCUUGCAUCGCCCUCUGUAUUAGAACGCAUCUCAAGUUUUCGUCGUCAUCAUCAUUCAUCGGCAUAUAUCCAUCUCGGCAAUAAUUAUUCGACUUCACAAUCGCAACGCAACGCCUUUCAGCUCGCAUUAACAACCAACCUAUCAAUUACCAUUAACAAACAAACACCCAACUU